AAAAUGAGUUACAACACAAUAUACGAUGGCUACAAUAACAAUAAUUACAAAGAUUACGAAUUCCAAAAAGACGAAAAGGAACUUUUAAACGAACAGUGUUGCCAAGUGAAAAAUGAGCAUAAAAACGGAGAAGUUAUGGAGGAUAAGGACGAUGGUCAUGUCCAACACGUGUUGGGGCCAAGCCGAAGGUGUUUAGCUUGGGCUUGUAAAGCUUGUAAAAGAAAAACUGCAGCAGUCGACCGACGGAAAGCGGCAACACUGAGGGAGCGACGGCGAUUACGGAAAGUAAAUGCGGCAUUCGAAGAGUUGAGGAUCAGAGCCCGAGCUGGUAGUGGAAGACUGCCAAAGCUGGAGAUUCUACGAGCAGCAAUACAGCAUAUAGAGAGACUGCAAGCUGCUCUGAGAGCUGCUGCCGUGUUGGAGUCUGAAAGCUGCAAGAGCUAUAUGGAGUCGCACGUGACGUCACAACGGACAUAUGAAACAAGAGAUAUGAAGACAGAGAAAGAAAAACCUUUCCUAAACAAUGACACAAGUUCGUGUGGUGUAAACAGCCUAGCUAGGUUAAGAUGUAUCGUGCAAGCUCUUUCUAGUAAUAACAAGGAUACGCCCUGA